CCCGAAGCAACAUUCACAUGCGCUCAGAAACAAAGGUCGCAAAUAAGCAAGAGCGCUCCAAGAAAUCGAGACUACAACGUUAAUCAAUCCACAUUCUGUCAACAACAAAUCGCAAAUAUGGCGACCACAACAACCAAGAAAAGCGACGCACCCACAAACCCCCGCGGUAUCCCCUACGCCCCUUUCGUCGACAAUGUAUCAGACUACUGCACCACCCGCGCAGAAGUAGAGCCAACCCUAAAGUCCUUUACCGAAAUGAUCCAAAAGUACCAAUUCAUGGAAGUAAACACAUCUCGUCGCGCAACCGGUCUUCGCGAAAAGAUUCCCGAUAUUUCAAAGACCUUGGAUACGGUCAGAUUCUUGAAGAGCAGGGAUGAAAAUGCAGAGGAAUUGGAGAGUUUCUUUGAAUUGAAUGAUACACUGUUUGCAAAGGCCAAGGUGCCAAAGACUGAUGAGGUGUACUUGUGGCUGGGGGCUAAUGUCAUGUUGGCUUAUCCGAUGGAGGAGGCGGAGGAGUUGUUGGUGGGCAAGUUGGAGGCGGCUAAGAGUGGGUUGGAACAUGCAGAGGAAGAUAUGGAUUUCUUGAGAGAACAAAUUACGACACUCGAGGUCGCUACUGCACGCGUCUACAACUGGGACGUUGGUAUGCGCAGAAAGGACAAGGCUGAGGGCAAGACCGCUGAGCCCAGCGACUGAAAGACGACUGGAAAUCAGGAGAUCACCAACGACAUAUCUGACGACUGGAGGCUUUCGACCAACAAGAAAGAGGGGAACACGCCUCACAGACGACAAUCUGAGAGAAAACCAUCCGCAUCAUACCAUGCACGCCCAGCAUCGACGUACUUCGGGUCAAGCACUCGAGCUACCGAGGGAUGUUGGUCGAGGUCUAUGCAACCCCGACCGUAUGACUACUGUAGACAGCAACCAGCUAAGGUCGCCUGGUCAGCCUCCUCGAGAGAGUUCCACUGUACAUAUACAUACCGCA